AUGCCGAGGUGGGCACUCCCCGAGCAGAUGGCAGAGGCAGGUUUUUUCCACCAGCCCCUCAUGCCGGACGACGACCGGGCAAUGUGCUUCCUGUGCUCCGUGUGCCUCGUCUUCUGGGAGCCCACUGAUGAGCCUUGGUCUGAGCAUGAAAGGCACUCCCCGAAUUGCCCUUUUGUGAAGGGUGAUUACACCCACAACGUCCCUCUGACGUACACGCUGUCCACGUCUCAUGCCGGCUUCCAUCACGACACUAGAACCCCCAGUCCCGCCACCAAGUCCACGACUGCAUUAGAGAAAAAGUCCACAGACGCCAAGUCCACGACUGCAUUAGAGAAAAAGUCCCCAGACUCCAAGCCUCCUAGUACCGUGAAGUCUCAGCCACCUUCUGUCAAUAAGCAUAGUACUAAUCAAGUGAAGGAGCAGCCGCUACAGCUUCAAGUAGAAGACGUGGUUACCGAUGACGGCAUUAAUGGAAAUGCUGAUAUCCAUGGGGCAGAAAUUGAAGAGAAUUCUGCGAGGAAAAUUGUCGACGGUUCUGAAUCGUACAACACUGUGGAUAAUCCAGUAACAGAUAUGGAUUUUUCUUCUGGAAAUUCUACGGAUUUCAUAGUUACCAUUAGUAGACAAAGCGGCAGUGUUGUUUUAUGGAGACUUAGCAAACAACUUCAGCGUGUGAAGUCUCUGGAAGUGACAGCAUCAGAUGCCAGUAAGUUUGAGUUGAAACAAAUGCAACAUGCUGGCACAACUCCAACUCAGUGUUGUCAUGGCAAGCCUCCUGCUCGCCUCAAGACUUGGCUGGACCGCAACGCUGAGUCUCCGAUGCAGGAAGGCCCUGACGCCUCGUUUGGUGCGAUACCUCCGGAAAACUGGGAAGAUUCGGAGGUCCUCACGCCUACAAACUCUUCUUCACCUAGCGCUUACCCCUCGUAUUUAAAGUCUUCUGAAACAUCUGAACCAAUUCCUCUCAUUCAAAAUUCAGAAAAGGUUCUAGAAGUCUCGAAAACUGAUUGUGUUUCACCUUGCAAGCAUGAUGAAGAUCUUGCCCAUGAAGUAGAUUCAGUCGAAACGUUCGAAAGUUUAACUAUUGACGUUGUCUCGUCUGCAACUGAGUCUGUGAUAGAAGAAGCUGCCUCAAUUUACUCCGAUGCAUCUUUAGAGGGUGUGGACGGUGGUUCACUAGUUGCAACUCUUUACACAAUUCCUGAGCCUUCACUCCUGGGGGACACUAGCGGCCUUGACUGUGAUGGCCUGAACAUCGAGGUGAUGGUCCAAGAUGAGAUCGCCAUUAAGCGCGAAGCUAAUACAGCGUCAUCAACAGGGGAUUCUACCGAGCAUUAUGAUUCAAACAAGUCGUUGUCCGUUCAUUUGUGGGAGUCUAGCGUAUUGGUGGACCCCGCAGAAGCAAAUUUCUUCAGAAGAGGCGGUAUUGUCACUGAUGUCUCGAACCUUAACUCCUCCUGGCCAAAAACUGACCAAACUGAUGGUUGGCCUGUUCUUGCUCGUCCUUCUGUAGUUGUAGCUGCAGGGCUCUGUUAUAAUGAAGUUCUACGCAUGCAACAAUUAUCUUGCCAUCAAUUAACAGAACCUGAACAUGUGACUUCAAGUCUCGGUUUAUCAGUGGAUUGCCAAAAUGCCAAGCUCGAGGAUAACUCAGAUUGCGAAAAUGCCAGCCAUUCUUUGACCAGUGAGGAAUCCCACGGAAAGUGCACCUUCUACCCUUGCUUGAUGCUGUACGAUUUCCACGAAGACACACAAGUAGGAACUGCGGUUCAAAAGACUUUUUAUGAAGGCAUGAGUACGGGAUCUUCAUUGGAUGUGUCUCAGAAAAGUAACGGUAUAAACGCCACUGGGAAUAACACCAAAGCCACGGGAGGUUCCACUGUUUACUGUGAGGCUUCCCACAAAUUAAAGUCUGUUCCUGUGAAGGAUUGGGGCCCAACCGUACCUACUUCUAAUAACAAAAGAUCUUUCCUUCCUUUAACCAAAGAAAAAGGCGCAACUGGGACCCCCAAAGAAGCUGAUGAGGGUGAAGCAAGGCGACCAGAGUGUAUUCAGUGCGUGAUGUUACCAUGCGACUACCCUGACCCUGUAGUCACUGCCAUCUUGCCCAACUCUUGUGGUAUUUAUUUGGUGGUGUGUCUUGCUCAAAACCCAGCAGCAGGUGAUUCUGCUGCCUCGUCUAACGGUGGAGUGCUAUUGCGCUAUGCUAUUCUAGGGAAGUCUUCUAGUAAAGCAGCGUCGGUGAAGCUUAGCGAUGAGCUUCCUCUCAUGAAGCCACUCCCUAGAGGGGAAGUCAUCAAGGAUAUCAUCGCUUUACCUUCUAGUAUUUCUGAUGACGACCUGGACUGUUCGUAUGACUGGUGCCACUGCCUGUUUGCUGCGGUCCUGCACGACGGCUCAAUGCGCGUGUUUGACUGCGAUGCCUUCACUUGCCUCUACCAGACGCCUGCUGUAGGGACAGCCUGUGUCCCUAACGAGUCUGCAUUCUGCACUCUCACUUAUUGUCACAAUCUAGAGCCGCUGUGGGCCGACAUGGCGGUGUCGGAGGAGACGCUCCUGAAGUGUCUGGAGCUGACGACGUUCAGGCCGGGCUGCCCUAACCUCGUGGCCACCGUGCCGCCCUGCUGGAUAGAGAUGACCAAGGCCCAGCAGCAGAGACGUAAUCCCCAGCCCUUGCAGCAGCCGCAGUACGUCCUACACGCCGCAGGGGCAGAGUCCACUAGGUGCUGGACGCUGGACCCAGACAACAGUUCGUGGAGCGAUCACCUGUUCGAGUUGAUCAUAACCCCAGCGUCGGGGGCGGCGGGGGGCGGUGCAUCUUCCACCGUUGCCGUGGGCCACAUCAACAUUAAACUCCAGCUCUCACGCCAGCGACUCAAUCUCGAUCCUAAUAUUCAGGUGACGCUGCUCCGGCAGACCCACGGCUCGUCACGCAGCUGCGGCAUGUCAAGCAAGCACAGCAAAGCGGGCGCCCGCAACCCAGACGAGAACAGUAAGCUGUCCUCGCUUACUGACGCUACUUGCCGACACAAGCGGAAGCACAACGACCUGCACAAUGGCAGCAAAACAACACCAAAAGCUGCCAAGACCGCCACAAAACUCAUGCGCUCUGCCGUGGACACGGAGCAAAAUCGUAGUGAGAAUAAAGAAGCUUCUGCUGCUGCGGACGCCGCGGCCUCUCUUAUGUUUGACGAGACCAGCCCUUUGGACCAAUAUCUCGAUGGCCCCGUGAACCCGGCUACAACGGCGACGUUCCAAGCGGCCCACAACGCAGAGUUGGUGAGCGGUCCUGUGAAUGUGGGGGACCACUUGGACCUGUCCGGCCACACCGCCUACGUCACGUUCUCCUGCCCCGCACUGGCGCUACACCGCAGCCGCUGCACCUUCCUUGUCCACAUCAGGGCCAUGCCUGUGCACCACCAACGGCUGCUCGACCGCUACAAGAUGGGCGUACCAGAUGUGACGUCAAGCUACAUUCCUCCUGAGGACAACCCUAGCACUGAGAAAUACGUCUCCAGUGUUGAACGCGCUACCGUCACCAACAGCAACACCACUUCUAACAACAACAACAAUAACCUCAACAACAGCAGUCAAGACUACCCCGCCGCGGGCUGUAACGAUAUUCAAGAGCUCUCCAUCACCCUGAGCUCGGCUCCCACCUCCUGCGCUGACAGACGGCAGCGGGCUGCGCUGGUGACCAAGACCAGCUUCCACCAGCAGCUGGUGGAGGCCGCCGCCGCCGAGACCACCUCCGACCACCUGCGCCACUGCGCUCUGGACCUGCUGCUGUGGCUCCACGCACUGCACGCGCCACAGCGCCCAUGUCGCCGUGAUGGCGCCAGCGCCGAGUAUGUUGCGUUGGUGGCCGCCGUGCAGCGGCACGCGCCGGCGCUGGUGCGGCGCUGCGUCGUCUUCGCUGACCGCUCCCUCGCCAGGAAGACCACCAAGCUGCUCGUGCUCGUUGUCCAACAGGACGCCUGCAACACCACUAAAGGCUCGUUCGACAUUUACGACGAGACCCAGACCCCCAGCAGCGCCAUAUGUGAGGCGGUGGUCGCUAGUGUCCCUCUGGCCAGCGCUGCCCGCAGCUCUGGAGCUCUCACGCACUUCUUCCUGCUGCUUAACUAUGUCAAGUGGAGCGACCAGGACGCUGUCGUUAAUAAGGUGACUGAGCUGCUGAGCGCCACUAACGCCACAUUAGAGAAGAAAGAAGAUCCGCUGCACCUCAUCCUGCAGUCUCACUUCGGCCUGCACGGCACGCCUCUGCACAGGACGCUCUUUGAUGUCCUGCCGCCCUGCUUCACUGAUACUCAGAAACCCAAGAGCGCGUCUGAGAGAGCUGCUGAAGGGAGUGCUGCUGCUGCCGGUGGUGCUACGGCUGCUGCAGGGGGUGUGAACAGCGGGGGCGGUAACAAAGUUCCAAAACCAGGUCUUCUUUCGAGUAUUGGAGUGAAUGAAAUGGAUUCCAUCCUAUUCGGUGCUGGCGAUGUCUCCUCUUCUAGCGGUCUAAACCAUGGCUCCUCGAGCGCCUCUAACGGAACUGCUUCUACCAACGCCUCCACUACCAACACAACCACCAGUACCAGUCACAACUACAGCAACGUGACGGGUGGUAGCGCUGCUGGUAUUACUGCCAGCUUUGGACCUAACACCGGCACAGGAUGGUCACCAAUGUGCCCGCCGCUGUCGAGCGUGAGCGGCCUGCUGGAGGUGGAGCCUCUGCACGUGACCUUACACACGGCCAGUUACGGCACCAAGCUGCUGCGGGGUGGCUCAGGAUGGGGUGACGUGAACAUGGCGAUGCUUCCUGCUGAGGAUCCUUCAUCAGAUCCUGAGUCUCCUUUUAUGUUUUUGGGACCCACGGACGAGCUUGAUUAUAUAUUCACCCUGGCCGAGCAGACCGCCGAACAUCUGGCCGAGAAUGUGGACGAUAUGAUGGACUUGGUGCUCAGUCUUGAGCUCGAGCGCUGCAAGACUGGCCAGUCCUCUGACGCCGGCAAGCCUGAUGGCAGCUGUCACGCCUUGCUUCCUCAACAUCUGUUCCCCGGCCACGCUCAUCUAGAAGAAGACUAUACCGAGCUUCAGGCUCUCUUCAGCAAGACUAGUGAACAGAUCGUGAAGCUGCAGGAACUGGUGGAGAGUGGCUCUAAACUGCCCUAUGAAGCCAUGCACGGUUCUAAUUUAUUACAGGAAUCCCUCAAAUUUGGCCAAAAAAUUAAAACUCUGAGUGCGGCUCACGUCGGAGAUUCUUCCGACGCGCUAAAACAUGAUCAAUCAAAAGCCUAUAAUUCUUAUCAGAAGAACGUCAAUGAGAACGUGUCAUCAAGCAAAACAGUUGACGAAUCAAGCAUAAAAUUAGGCGAUAAAGUCAAAAAUAAAAAUGAGGCGUGUUCAUCCACAAGCUGCCAUAAACCAGGUGACAAGUCUUCUAGUCCUACGGACUACACUGGCACUGCUGGUGUCAGCUCGCUACCAGUAACUGCCUGGCAACAGUUCCUGUCUCUACCAUCACAACAGUACCUAGUUGUCGAGCACAUGGUCCCUGGUGCUCGAAGGUUCGUAGUUUUUGACUUCGGUGAACCCGUGCUCCUGACGGACGUUUUUGUCCCCGUAUGUCCGGAUCUUGCGUCCCUCUCUGUGGACGUUUGGCUCGUCGGAGAAGAUCGCGACACUCACCGUCUCGCCGUCUGCUCCGACAUCGCGUCCAGACCUCUGAUCCUGUCUGACCUGCAGCCUCCUCCGCUGUGUCGGUACAUUCAGCUCACCAGCCUCGGCAGGUACGGGAUGGUGACGGGAGAGAGCGUCAUCUCGCUAGGCAACUUCUACGGCCAUCGUCUGCUGCUGCCGUGGGUGCCGCGCUCGCUCUCCUACCUUCCCAAGGACCAGCCCUCUACGCGCGCCCUUUUUUAUCUUCUGGAUUAUUUUUCUAGUCAAAAAGUUGAAUUCUUGUCAAUGAUAUUGAUGAAUUCCCGUCAUUCUGAUUCUCGUCUGCGCUGCCUGCUGCAGCUCUACGACCAGCACGUCUGCAGCCAGCAGCGUGACACGCUAGGCUUCCCUGCAGUCAAGGACCAGGGACUCAGUGUCAAAAUCAGAGCUGCUUACCAGAACUGCAUGCUGGAACAGCAUCACUUGAACACGCUCGUGGCGACGCUGACACGUCUGCAACGUGUUCUUGGCCUGACCGGCAGCAGCACUGAAGACUGCGACAACACUGCGCUGCAGCUCCAACAAAGUCCAUUCGACAAACUCCAUACAAUACAACAACUCUGCAUAAAUGCUUUGCUCUCCUGCACGCUACAUCCACUCGCUGGGACUAUACCUCCUAGUUCACUGCCUAGCACGCUGCUGUCUUACUGCGGAUCUGCCUCAGCGCGCGCCCUCUUCCGCAGCGUCAUGGUCCGCGGUCCUGUGUCCGCGCAGGUAGACUCAUGUCUGCUGCGUACGUGCGUGACGGCGCCUUGGUGGGGGGACUUCCUGACGGGGGCGCUGCAGGACCUCUUCAGUGGUAACGCCCACCGCCUGCCUGCUGUCAGGAUGUUCGGCCUCCUGACCGUCUUGGGGCAAAGGAGUGUCUGUAGCGGCAAAGGCAGCACUGUUAUAAACUCGGUGCUGUUGGCGCUCUCUAAACUCUUGCCGCCAGCGACUAGUGACUCCGAAAUCUCAGAGCAGUCCAGAAAAUUUUCAGAGCAGCAGAACACUGCCUCUGCCAGCGGUGUUGUUACAGGGCAGGAAAUUUCCAUUGAUAAAUCUGUUUCUGAAAGCAGUAGCCUCUUGGAACCUGCAGCGAGGGACAAAAUGAAAAAAUCUACUGACACUGACAAGAAAAUUCAAGCUUGCAAUGACGUCAAAAGCAAUGCCAAAUUCGAGGCGCUUUUCGCCAGUGUGGCUAACAUUGCAUCGGAGGAUGGUGCCACUGGUGUGCCAUGUGGCAGCGGUGCCACUGGUAUGGCAAGUGGCAAGUCUCAGGUGGUAGAGUGGCUGCUGCUCUACCUCUCGCACUGCCUGGAUGCUCUACCCUAUGCCAAACCCUACGAUGAGAAAAUCACUGAAGCAGGAGGCCGGUGGUCGUGGCUGUGUGCCGAGUCGUGGUUGUCGGGCGACGUGUGGGGCUCCCGUCGCUGCCCGACAACUAAGUACCACCACCGCCGCCGCCUCUACCAGGCCUCGCCGAGCUCCAUCCUCGCCGCCGCCGACGCCGCCAAGAACAAAGCCGCCAAGUCCACCGCCGCUAAAACCAACGCUGACAAGUCGGCUAAUAAGUGGUCUGAUUACUUGAUGCGAACAAAGCUGCAGAGGAAAGAGUACUCAACGAUGCUGCUCAAGCUGAAGAGAGAGAGCAGCAAGCAGCAACAGUCGAACUAUCCUCAGUUAUGUCGCAGGAUUCAGGCCAUGCGGGACUCUGAUGCUCCUCGCUCUUUCGUCAUGUCCGUCUCGAAGAUGGCAGCUGCCAAGGCUGGCGCUGUUGGUGGUGACGACGCAGAAGAAAGUUCCGUGCCGCUGCUGGACCGCCCGACGGCUCUCGCUGUGGUGCGCUCGUUGGUUGUGGGUGUGGUGUGCUCGUCAGUACGGCCGAGCUUGGGUGUCCGCGACGUGUUCGGUGACCAGCAGCUGCUGCUGCUCCUGCAGCGACAGUGCUGCGCCCCACACACCUCUGCCCUGCCCUGGAACCUGCACGCUCUUGUCUGCCUCAUCACUGACCUCCUCAACGGAGAAAAGCAUUUUGGAUCAUUGAAGAAAAAAGAUGAAGCCACACAUUCUCACGACCAGACCGAUAACACCCCGAUGACAAGCAGCGGUAAGAAGGAUAAACAUCCCUGCAAAAAAUACAAGUCAAACAGGAUGUCAUCCCGCGCUCACGCAAAGGACGACACUCCAGGCGAUGCGUCUGACUCUGGGGACACUCUCGUGUCGUCUACUGAAGAAGGCCAGGGUGGGAGCGGCUCUGCUUCUCGAGCCAAAACUCAUGUAGACGAUGACGAUGACUUCGUCAUAAGCAGCUCAGAAACUGGCGAUGACGAGGAUACAGGCGACGAAGAGGAGCCUGAUGCUGGCUUGGCAGACUUGGGCACAAGUCCCGACACUAAAGAACAAAUGCAGAAAAUUGUCAUCCUCUUCAACUCGGAGUCUGGUGACAACGAUCUCAUCGUCGAUCCUUAUCUCAGCUCCAUGGAGAGAAGCGACGCUCUGCGCUCAGGCAUGCUGCAGAGCACUGCGGUUGACCACCGUCUGCUGACCAAGCCUCAGCUGCUGCCUGAGCUGCGACUGGCCAUGCUUAGCGCCACGCAUACCUCCACACUGCAUGCUGCUGCUGCUGCUACACCUGCUCCUAGUCGCUCAGAGUCAAGCGAGCGCCCCCCUGCCUGCGGCCCAGGUGACGUCACGGAGAGCAUAGCGCUGCUCUCCCGCACCUUUGAUGAGCUCUUCGCUGCCAUCUCUGUCCAGGAGUGGUGCGCGAGUGAGUGUGUGGAGGCUGUGGUAGGGCUGUGGUUCGCCCUGGUGGUGCAGUGUGAGGACCAGCAGGACAAGGCCAUCAGCUCGCUGGUCCCUCAGCUACCACUCUCCCCCAGCGCCAUCAGCGCCUUGCUCAAGGCUCUCAUCAACUGUGGGUCUACAGUGAGCUUGAAGUGUUGGGUUCUGGUGCUACAGCUGCUCACGCUCAGCUGCAACUCUUCCUACUCGUCUGCCGACGGUACAACAUUUUUACUACUAUUGGAGGAUGCUAAUCUGGUGCCAGUGUUGGUGCUUUUCUUAACUACGAAUUUCGCGAACUGCGAGUCUCUUUCUACUGCCAGCGCUCCAGUCUUGGUUGGCAGCACCGUGUCUAUGUUCUUCCACAACCUGCUGGUGCGCCUGAGCAUCGGCAGCAACUGUUUCUCGCCCAGCAGCGACUCGGGCAAUAAGCUGAAGGCGACGCUGCUGGAGGUGGUAGCACGUCUGCUACGUGUAGGUGCUGUAGAAGGCGGCGUGGGCGCUCAGGACGCCCAGUGCGUCUUGGUUCGUCAUCUGGCCAAGCUUCCCUUCGCAGGCUUCCAGGAGAUCAAUCUCAUGCUUGAGAUUGUCAACAAAACCGCAUCGGUGGUGCACGGUCACCUGCUACACGCUAGUCAGCGCAGCCGCCUCUCCGUGAGCACCAGCGGCAGUAACUGCGUCGGCAGCAGCAGAACUGACGGUGGUAGUGUGUGUAACACCACCACCCCCAACAACACCACCACCACCAACACCAGCACUGGUGUAGGGGGUGGUGGUACCAAUAUUGGUGGUAUCACACGAGACGCUGCAUGGGGCGGCCUGCCUAACGGACCGUACCACACCGUCGUGGGGAGACCGUGGUCAGAACGACUGCUCAAUAGUCUCUUGUCUCUCGUGGUGCUGCUGCUCGAGACGCAUCUCGGACCACAAGCUCUUCAGAAGCGUCAAACCAGCUCGUCUGCCGAGGGCGACGCGGCGCCCGACGUUGACAGGAUGUCAGAUGAGACGUCUCUGUCAGAUGACGUCUGUCAUCACACCGUCACGCCUGACGUUGACAGGAAGUCAGAUGAGACGUUUCCGUCAGACGACGUCUGUCAUCACACCGUCACGCGCAGCCUCGCCCUGCCUCCUAGCCUCCUCGCCGACACUGUGGUGAGCAACCGCAACACUGUGUUGCUGCUGUUCCGCUCACUGGGCUUGUGUCAGGACGGCUGCGAGUUGCUACAGCGCUCUCUGGCGCCCGCAACAUCCAUCGCCAUCUCGCUCUUCAACGUCAUCAUGAGCAUGAACCGGACCCUUGCUCAGCCCCAGCUGCUACUGCAGCCCAUGCUUAGCUUCAUCGUAUUCCGCGAAGGAGAGAGAAGCUGGGCCACCUUUUCUCCUCUGUGUCUACGAGUUUUCUGUGCCAUUCUCGACUGCAAACCGAUGAUGCAACACUUUGCUGAAAUAGGAGGCAUUCAGCUUCUGUGGAAGAACCUGACGGAGAGCGUGUCGCGAGCGUGCAGUCCUCAGAGUGAGCACCUGGGCGGUCUCAUAUCGUCGGUGAUGAACCAAUUAUCCCCGACGUUGCCACCAUGCACAGUGCUUCCUUCUAAGGGCAAACGCGCUGAACGCACGCCAUGUACCGUCUACCACCAACAGAACCCUUACGAUCUACCAUUCACGGUGGUGUCAAGCUCACUGCCUACCGUCAACCAGAACUCCGCUUAUGGUUCUUGGAUGGCGAGCAAUAUGAACAACAUAGUGAUCCCUCCUAAAGGCUUGUCUUCAUCAAUACCUUACGUGAAUGGCGUGGCACCCCUUGCUGGUAGCAGUCAAGGUGGCGCCUCCAGUGCAAACCUCGUCAACUUCGCUCCACUCGCUCUUGUGACGUCCAACCAACAGAGCGUGCGGUCACCGCAGUCUCUUGUCAUGCCAACUCAUUUCUUGCAGAGAUCCAAGACACCAUCUUGGUCGCAUCAUUUUUACCGCAACGAGUCGUCCAUCGUCCUGACCCUGAAGCUGCCUUGCCCUAUUCUGCUUCACGAGAUCUUCCUACAGCCACACACUUCCCCAAGCACGUACCCAUCAGCGGUGAGCGUGACCGCUGGUUUAGACGGCCGCGGCUCAGCCAUCACCGGCCUCAUCCCAACGGACAUCCUCAACCAAGUCCGCCUUACACUGCGCUCCCCCAUCAUCGCCUCCGUCGUCAACAUACGCCUCUACAAACCUAAAGAUUCCGCCACUCUAGGGCUGGCUCAGAUCCGCCUCAUGGGCACCACCGCUUUCAGGAGUGCGGCAUGCGACACGCCCUUCGUGGGGCAUGAUAGUCUUAGAACGCAGCAAGACUUUAGCACCUCUGACUGGUGGCUUCUGUUGCUGCGCCACUGCAUCAACAUCGAGCCUACAGGUCGUGAUGAGGUCCUGCGAGAGGGCGUUGAGGCCAAAGGCUCCGUGAGAGCUUGCGUCAGCUUGCUCUUAGCGCCUCAGUUUGCUUCUGCUGCUGCUAACUCCACAGAUUCCUGUGGCUGGGCGGGGCUCAUAAGUGUGGGCAACCCUGCAGUAAAUGCUUCACCAUCAGACACCUCCAACAGUUUGAAGCAACGCACUGAAAAUACUGAGAACAAGACCACCAAAAACGCCUCGGCGAACGAUUCCAGUGCCAACGACGCAGCUAAUGAAGCCAUCACAGAACAUUGCUUCUCGAGUAUCCCUGACGAAAUGGACUCGAAUGAAGUCACAAGCGUGAAAACUUCAACCCAAGCAAAAGACGAAGUAAUAGUCAAGUGUGCCCUAGCGCCUGGCAACUCACCCCUCGAACAAAUCGUCCUGGCAGUGGCCCGCUCAUCCCCCGAGUGGCUGGAAGAGUUUGUUGCCACGAUGCUUAGCCAUCCGCGUUUGGCUGACCGCAAUUGGGGAGACCGGAGCUGUGGGCUACGCUUGCUGUACACGACGUGCACAAGCAGCGACAGCACGGCUGGCACUGACGUCCUGCUGUACUGGCUGGCCGCUCAGCUCGGGCAUUUCAGUCUGCCUGCCACCGCGCUGCCCAUGCAUGCCGAAGUGCUGCAUGCUGCUGCUGCUAUCAUCUGGAGCAACAAAAAACACUUGAAACAUCGCGAUAAUGAUCAGCUCUUCAUGAGCGUUGUGAUCGAGGCGUUCUGCAGCUCAGACGCCGCGCUGAAGAGGUCCCUGGAUGCUGUGCUGUGCGCGCUGUGCUACGUACAGCCCCAGCACUUCACAACCCUCGCCACUGUCUUCUCUGACUUACACGAAAGCAACGGCACAAACAAAAAUGGCAGCGUGUCAGUCUUUGGACUUCAUCCUAGUCAACUGCAGAGCCUCGUGACGGCUGCUCACUCCGGCCCCGCGAUCUCCAUGCUCCUCUCGUCUGCCUUGCCACUCCGCACUGUCCGCUCCAUACUUGAAUGGUGCCAACGGCUCGUGCGGUCACAAUUGGAAUGGUGCAAGCAGCGUUCUCAGAAAAUUUCUGUGUGUACGGCGGACAUUGAAGGAGUGGCCGCCGUGGUCCGGGUGCUGGCUGAACUUUGUGGGCGUCCUGAAGUGCAGCAGUGGCUCGGCAGAGGGCCUGGUGCAUUGCUCUGGAACACGCUUCUUACUGUUCUAGGCGAGCCAUCUAUCAACAGCCUAGGAGUCGACUUGAGUUCUCUGGAAUCAGCGACCAUUGAACUGGUAAAAGCCGCUUGUCUCAACAACCAAACCAACCACCAGCACCUGGCCACCCAUCUUCGCAACCUCAUAUCCAGGCAGAAGAAUAUACCUGCCGGAGGCCUUUGUUAUGUCCACUCACUUUCAGGCUUUACCAGAAGUUUGGUUGUUCAGGUACUACUGCAGUGUGAACACAUGGUCGUGGAAGUAGAGCGGGGUGACGAUGUCAGUAUAGUAGAGGAGCUCCCAAUCGAGUGGGUUCACACUCCAGCCUUCCGCCACCCUCGCCACUCAAUGUCGCUGAACACUCGUCUGCUCUACCUCCCGCUCAGCAUUACACUCGCAGAGCUCGUAUCCACACUCACUGGAUCGGACGUACUCACAACUCAGUCCGGCAACGCUGGCGGGAGCGACAGCGACACUACAGGCUGGACGCGAUCACACCCUCCGUCUGCACCCUCGUCCUCCUCCACCAAGGAAGAGCCAAUGAUCAUCUGCUGCGAUGAUGACGACGACGACCUGGACGAUGACGCCGACGACGACUUCAUCGCCAAUCAAAUGCUCGCGGCAGAACUCUACACCAUCGACAAGCUCUCCAUGUCGGCCGCCAUGAAGGCCAAGCAGAAGCGCACCAAAGACAUCGUCAGCGCCAUUGUCAACGGCGUAAUUUCAGGCAUCGCUGUGGGUCCCUCGAAACCAGGCAAAGGAGGUAAGCCGAAAGGAGAGGAAAAUUGCUCAAGCAGUCUGGACAGCAACAACAAAUCUGCGGGCAGUGGAAAGUCAGGCGAUCACGGUUCGUUUGCUCCAUUCCAUUGCACUGUGAUAGCAUCAGACUGUGAUGACGAUGAUGCUGAAUUGUCGAAUACUGACGAGGUUGAACUAGAAGUUCCUCUCCAUCUCAGCAUCGCUCAAGUUCUGGCCAGUCUGGAGAUUAAUCAUGCUGUGCAAAACACCCACCUAAAGUUCAAGAUUUAUUCAGCAGGAGACAAGAAGUUCAGGAGCUCUAGCAAAGCGGGUUCUGUAAACAGCGAUGAUGCUGCAUACUCCACAGCAUCGGCCUGCAGUGGUAGUUAUACGACGACCAGAAACCCCACAAGCAGUGGAUGCAGUAGUGCCGACAACGGGGCUGAAGCAGGUAGCAUUCCUGAAGCAACUUGUUUAGGUACAUUACCAGUUGUGUCUGAGUGUCCAUCUCUGCUACGCGAGUUUUGCGACCAAGGUGGCUUGGCUGUGCUGGCUCGUCACAUGACAGUUUUGUACCCGGACCCUGCCUCGCUUUCACCUUCUUCUCUCUCCACUUCUUCGACUAAUAAGUCUUCUUCGGGACCGCCGACUCCUGCCAAUUUCUCCUACCUUUCCAAUAUCGUUCAAAGUAGCUUCAACCCAGUUCAAUCUCAACUCAGCUCUGCUCAACAGUCCAGCAGCUCUCCUCAUGGUGCUCCCGUUGUUUUGUCUAUAGCGCCGCAUACGCUUGGGGCUUUCACCCUAUUCCUCCGACUUCCAGGCUACGCAGAAGAACUUCUAAGCAAUACAUCCGAAGCAAAGAUCUUGCUGAAGCUCGCCUUAGGCGUUCAAGAAACGUGUCGUGAGAACUACAGGGGCGAGUCCAUAGCCACGGUCGUGUACACACGCCUUAACCAAGUCCUGUUGCGUCACAGCGUCUCGUCUGCCAAGGGUUGUGAGCUGAGGCGGCUGUGCAUGGAAUAUGGCAUCAUUCAUCAUUUGUUAGCAUGCCUGGCCGCUCUGUCUGCUCAUACACCUCCUUCUCUCUACUCAAAACUCCGACACAAGCUGGUUCCGAUACCGUCCGUGGUGGGCGGAGUCCGUGCCUGGUGCAUGGACAACUACGGAUACCAAAACAGUUCCGCACGCGCGGACGGGUCAGGGGGCGGCGGUAGCAGCAGCGCUGUCGGCAACUCUGGCGCCUCUGGAGGACCUGCCGCUGAGUCCAGCGCUGACAGAUGCCACUACUGGGCCAAGGGCACAGGCUUCGGAACUGGCAGCACCGUGCAGACAUGGGACGUGGAGCAAGCGAUCGUACGACAACGACUGCAGGAGGAACACACCGUGUGGCUGCUGCGGCUCCUGCACAACUUCAUCAACCCUGGUGACAAAGCAAAUGGCAUCACGGACGGUGCUGCCUCCAACGACAGGUCAGGCAGUGAGAGUGUCAAGCCCAGCGCUGCUCAGGAGCCCGCGGAGGGCCAGCUUCUCAUGACCGAACUGCGCACGCUUGUUGACAACAUUCAGUUCAUGGAUAAGAUUUCGUCCCACCUCAGCAACGAUUCGGUGUUGGAUCUGUCGCGCCACGUGCCUCUCUACCGAGCCCUGCUUGCAUUUAUCCGUGCCAUCGCCGUGACACCAAGCCUCGCUCCUCUCCUUCUGCAUCGCACCACAUCAGGGCAACCAUCCAGCGACUCCUCUACCUCCAUCCUCGCUCUCCUCUCCAAAAUGUCUAAAACUGUCAACACUUACAUCAGUAAACUGUCUUGGAAACCCAGCAAGACUGGCAAGAACUCAGAGAAGUCAGGCAAGAAUCCCGCCGGUGCUAAUGGCAGUAAGAAUGCCAAAGCUGGAAAUUCAAGUGCCACCGCAUCAUCCAGUGAUGAUUCUGGAGUUAAGCACCUCGUAAAGACGCUUAUUUUCCUGGACGAAAUAGACGAGAUGCUGCAAAAAGAUCUCGAUCGAACCGGUGUUACACCUGAGAACACCGAUGAUGAAGGGCUAACUCUGCUUGUUCCUGACCUCGAGAGAACCGAACUACUUGUCAAGCUGGCACUAGUAAGUCUAUCGGCAUCUGACCCCAGCGCUUCAGAAAUGACCGUGAAGGAAGAACCAAACACCAAGGAAACUUUGAGCAAGAAGGCCUCCAUUGUUGAGAUUUACUUAGCUGCGCUGAAGCCGCUACAAUUCGACUCUUUUGAGAUGGUGGUAGAGGACGAGACGACGGGGAACACUCGGUUCACAGUGAGCCACCUCUUCGAGGGCGCCCUACGCAACCUGAGUGCCCUCGCGGCGCCCUUCAGGAUCAAGCGCCUCGCACAGGAGGCUGUGACGCUGUCCACCUCCCUGCCUCUCUCCUACUCGUCCUCGGUCUUCAUCAGGACUGAUACAGACAGACUCGAUAUCAUGAAGGUCCUGAUCAUUGGUCCAGAAGACACGCCCUACGCUAAUGGACUUUUUGAGUUCGACGUUUACUUCCCGUCAGAUUACCCCACCUCGCCCCUUCAAAUUAAGCUCCAAACCACGGGCGAAGGAAGAGUACGCUUUAAUCCAAACCUCUACCAAGAUGGAAAAGUUUGCCUCAGUAUCCUCAACACCUGGCAUGGCCGACCUGAAGAAAAAUGGAACAGCCAGACAUCUUCACUUCUGCAGGUCCUGGUAUCGAUCCAGUCACUGAUCCUUGUGAGUGAACCUUAUUUCAACGAGCCUGGGUACGAACGAUCGCGCGGCACGGCCACAGCCACGCAGCAUUCGCGCGAGUAUGACGCCAACAUCCGCACUGCCACCGUAAAAUGGGCCAUUCUGCAACAGCUCAAAGAUCCUUCCCCAUGCUUUAAAGAGGUGGUGGAGCGUCAUCUGUACUUGAAGCAGCACGAGAUAAUCGCUCAGAUCGAGCGCUGGAUCCAAGAGACCGAGACGAUGCCUGAAAGCGGACGACGAGUGAGCAGGGCUGCGCACAACGUGGCUUCUUUGAAGAAACUUCUGUUGCCGUUGAAAGAAGAGUUUCAGAAGCUAAAAGCUCCAGCUGGUCUGGAAGACGUCGAGCUGCCGCCUGUGUCUCACCCGACCCCACAGGCGUCUGCUAACGCUGAGCCGUCGGCGCCCGCUCCCUCCAACACCAUUUCCGCGACUCGUGAACGUAAGACGUCAAAGGCGAAUUUAAUGACAGACCUCAAGUGGAACGCCAUCGACGAAGAGCUUGACGAUAUAGUCAAGGCUGCUUUGGAUUCGGACGACGGUGACAUGACCUCUCUCAACUCCGUUAUCCAAUCAACGUCCACGCCGAUGCCAUCCCCUACCACGACCUCGACUCUCAAUAACCACACGGUGGAUGUAGACUUAUCGGUACCACUUCAUCCUACAUCCCAACCUGCUCUUUCAGCUCCUGUUCCCUCUACUCCUGCUCCUUCCACUCCUGCUCUCUCCACUCCUGCGCCUAGUCAGAACACUGCCUACACGGAUUCUUCGGUAGCCGUUGUACCUUCCUCCACAACACUCCCCAACUACAUGCCUGAGCCUGAAAUUGAAGAGACUUUUUAGCUGUGGUACUGUUUUUUUUUUUUUUUUGUUUCUACUCAAGACGUUAAUCAACUAUUUUAAAAAAUGAAGUAAAAAUGUGAUCAUUCUCAGUUGAUAGCUGAAAUAUUUGUUCUCUUUGCGUGCGCCAAAACUUUCCAGCUUCGAAAAUUAAAUAUUCCUUGUCUGUGAAAGGAGACCUUGUUUUUGUUUUAAUGAACUCUAACCUUUGUUGUGAAACAGCCCUUUGGUGCCCUACUGCCGGCUAUUUUAAACUCAAAGUCUCAGGCGUUUGUUGCAAACGGAUUAUUAUGUCUUUCUAUUCAUUCAGAUACGCUAUUUAAUCUCCGUUGCUCGCAUCUACAUUUCUCUGUAUACGCACCGAAUUCCGUUUCUGUCUUGAAGAUGGAUGCAUUUAACUUGACUGCUGUGUGUGCUUGUCGUUGAGCGUUCAAUUUAUGGAACUCCAUUGGUUUUACCGCCAAGAUUACAAAGACGAAUGCAAAGCCUUCAGCAGCUCUAUGAGCAGGCGCACCUUGUACGUCUUGAUCUUUUUAGUAUCGGAAUGUCUUUACUUUCCCUUGUAAAUGAGCUUUAAUUUAUUGCUUCAUUUAUGAGUAACUUCUGUGCAUGUUUUUAUAGUUUAAUUACUGUCGCAAACAUUAUUGUUCAGUUCAUUCAUAUAUCUGCCGGAAAUGUGUUUGUGUGACGGCAUAGUAUGAUUAUUCUCAAUUCAUUGGCGUUUGCCAAAACGCAUAUGAUCAAAAUUUGGUCACAUUCCAUGCUUUAUUGAAGCUUUAUUUGUAAAAAUUCAGUUUUCGACGCCUAUCCUAUAUUUCUGCUCUAAUUGGCUUUGUGUUUAGUCUCUUCAUCUGGGAAUCUGUUGUCCUCGUUUCAUUUGACGUAUUGCUGAUGUCGUGAACUUGAUUAUGAACAAAUGAGCAGGAAAAUCGAGUAGAGUGAUUAUAUAGCACACAUGGCUAUUCUUGGGAAUAUUACCCGUUUUAUUGCUACGUGUUUUAGUUGUGCUCGGCAAAAUGAAGUAUGAACACGAUGAGAAAAUGGCUGUGAGUGAACAUAGUUCGGCUCUGUUUAAUGUAGCUGCUCAUAUACUCAUUUACUGCCAGCAGAAUUGAUGGAAAAUGUUAGGUGAUUUUCUGUGUGAAUUUUUUGAUCUCGUUUGGGCAUUACUUGUAAAAACUUUGUGUUUUAUGUCGAAAUUCGAUCAGUCUUUCACCCGGUAGUUUGCACGUUAAAUAAUAAGGUUCUGAUCUGCGAUAUAUCCUCCCAAUUAGCAGCAACGCCAUUGGAAAUUACUGCAGUUUUUUAGGAAGAUCUUGUUUCUGAUAUUUUUUGCUAUUCUUAGGCGCGCUUUAUUGUACACAGAAAGGAUUUAAUUUAUCUCAAGCCUAAACCUCUUAUCGAUUACGUAUAAUUAUCAUGAUUAAAUUAAAUUAAUUUCGGACUUGGACUAAUGAACUUUUUAGUCCUCGAUAAUGUCGAGUAUUGCCAAUAAAUGGACCUGCCCUUGCUGUAAUAAAUUUCUAAAUAAGUAAGUAUUGGAGAGUUGCGUGUUUUUAAUUUGGAUUACAUUGAUAUGCUGUUCAUUAAACGGAGAACUAAUGAGUAUUUUUGUACAUAGGUUCCCUGUGAUAUUAUGCUAUAGAUGCAAACCCAGUGCGAACUUGUCUAGCAGCUCUAGAGUCGAUACCUGCAGUAGAGUACAUUUGCAGGCGAGUAUAAAUUAUUAAAUCCUUUUGCUUGGAAGUGACUAACAUAAUUGAGCUACUAAAGUGUACAGCUGCAAAUGUUUAUUCAUACCUUUAGAUCCUUUGAAUUGACUGACGAAGAAGUAAUGCUAAAUGUCUUGAACUGAGGCCUCUCUACUCUGAGAAGCAAGAUUGAUCGGCGGGUAGGAAUAAUGCACUAGUUGUAACCAUGUACUGUCAUUUGAAAUUCCUGUUACGCUCGCACAUUCGUCUUGUGACCAUUUCAUACUUCUCAGGUACUUGACAGUAUAAAAAGUGUUUUGCAAAGCAUCAGAUAAUACGAAUUUUCAUUUACUUGUCCGCAUUGCUUGUUAAUCUGUGUGAAGAAUAUGUAUGGAAACUUUUUGAAUAAAAAUGACGGAAGUAC